GAUAGUAUACAAUAACAGAGGGGUAUGGUCUUGUUUCUUUAGCACCAGUCUCCUGCAAUCGCGCGUCUGAUCUGAAGCAAAAUGACGACGUACUGCAGCCUGUUCCUUGGUAGACUUUGCGUGAAUUUUUCAAAGAGGCUCUCAGUUUCUGGCAGUGGUAAACUGCAGGCCUGUCCUAUCACCUCCAAUGCCAUCCACAUGUGCGCUCAGCCCUCACGGACAUUGCUGCCAACAUCACAGGUCAAUGUCACACCUAGAAGGGACAUCAGCUGGUACAACACUUUAACGGCAGACCAGCUGUGGAAAGGCAUGCUGGCAACCACUGGCAAGGCUCAGACCAAGGCCCGAGGAAAGCGACCUGCCAAGAGAAUCAGGAAAGAUCUCAACAGGGGCCAGGUUAUAGGAGAAGGAAAAGCCAGCGUAGCUUGGCCAGGCCUGAACGCCCCCGUUCUGAAAGACAGGACCGUCCAGACCAUGCACACCAAGGAGCCAGAUCCUGAGAGAGAGGAGCGACUCCUGCAGAUCCGAACCCAGUGGGACAAGAAGAAGCGACGCUCGGUACCCCCAGAGCAGAGAGGAUGGACCUCCAAGAGCUGGGGUGGGCGGCGGCUUGGCCCUCCUGACCCGAUACCAGGAGAGACAUUUGAGGGCUUUGACUCCAGUGUGAUUACAGUCAGGAGGGUGUUCAACAUGACUGGUGCCCAGGGCAGGAAACGUAGCAUGUCCGCUCUGGUUGUGGUUGGAAACAAGAAUGGUGCUAUAGGCUAUGCACAUGGUAAAGCUCCCGAUGUGAUGUCUGCCCUGAGGAAAGCCAAGAACAAGGCUGCCAACUAUCUCCACUACAUUGAGCGUUAUGACAACCACACAGUGUACCAUGACAUUGAGUCCAAGUUUCAAGUGACGAGAGUCAGGAUCAGGAAGCAGAAUAAAGGCUACGGGCUUCGUUGUCAUCGAAUCCUAAAAGAGAUCUGUAGGCUAGCUGGCAUCAGAGACUUGUAUGCCAGAGUGUAUGGCUCUACAAACCCAAUCAAUCUUACUGUAGCCUUCGUCAAUGGGCUGGCAAGCCAGGAAACCCAUCAGCAGAUUGCCGACAGGAAGGGCCUGCACGUGGUGGAGUUCCGCAAAGAGUGCGGCGCCCUCCCCAUUAUUGUUGCCUCACCGCAGAGCGCAGCGCCCCGCGAUGAUGUGGAAGAGGAACCUUGGGACAAAGAGCUCCCUCUAGAGUGGAAGGAGGAACGACCCAGGAGACGUGUCAGCAACUUCGUCCGAGAGGGCACCAUUUUCUUCUGAGGAUACCCUUGCAUACAAACUUUAUAGAAUGCAUUGUUAAACCUUUGAUCUCGAUUGUCAAUGAAGUUUCCCCCUAAAAAUGGUGGAGGUGUGGAAGGGAUUGUCGGGGGAAAGAAAGAAAUGAAAAAACCCUCUCUGAUCAAUUUGGUGAAAUAGAAAGGUAGGAAUGUUUCGAUAUUCAACCUCUUUCCUACUAAAACAUUUUGAUCAGGAGACAGUGAUGUAUUUAAUAGCGUAAUAAGGAAAAGAUUGCUGCAUCAAUUUUAAAUCAUGGAUUUUUGCCCUUACGCUGAUGCAUAUUCAUAACACUGGUCGCUCAGUGUUGUCCAUGGGUUCAAGAAACAAUUCACAAACUUGUAAGAGCAAAAACCCCUGAUUGAAAUGUUGCAGUAGUUUGUAUUACUACACUUCAUUAAUAUUCAUCAACAAAUUGGAACGCGUCAUGGGCCGAUUCCGCCGCACAUCCGGGAAGUGGAAAUGAAAUGAACCCGGUUGACGUCAUCCUGGUGAGUAUCCACCCUGCUGCAGUGUGGUAGGUUUUUUGGUACAUGUAGCACCAAAAAUUCCCUCUAGAACCUGUCGCGUCGACUCGUAAAGCCUGGCAAAUGGUUGACUACAAGUGAUGCACUGUUUUCCCCCGACAUUUUUCUUAUAACUGGUCCUCUCUCAAAUGCUGCUAAAAACGGUUUAUGGCAACCAACGACACGACCAACCUUGUUAGGCUAGUCGUAAAAUAGUUGAUUAGACUAGUCCAACCAUCGUCAACUAGCGUGCGUUCAACCAGAUUGAGUCGAACUAUGGUUAACUAUGGUCUUUGAUCAAACUUGCCAGGCAUGGCACACAGAAGUCUGCAUGCAGGGGUAAGUGAGGGUGUAAGUGAGGGCGAUGUCUAUGGUUAUUAUAGUUUGACUAAAACUGCCCAAACGAUGGAUGGUUUGGAUGAUCUAGUCAAUCAUUUGGGACCAGGUCCAGGGGUAUGGUCGCACUGCUGGUUAUCAGUAACCGAUUUCAUUUGUCAUUACAGAGGGAAUCGUUCACAUGAAAAUAAUUGUACGAGAUUUCAUUAACCAUGUAGCCUACGCUGCGAGAAUCACAGCUAACUGCGAGAUGUGAGCACCAGUGACUUAUUAAAAAUUGCCCGACUAGGGUUGUCCGAGUGUAACUGAAUUAAGCAUGCACAUUGUCAAUAAACAAUUGACUACUGGUCAGGCUAUAGUUCGCGCUUGAACUUGGCCUCAACUCUACGAGUACGUUACUAGAUUUCCAUCAUUCUAUGAGUUGAAUAUUUCUAAGGUGUAGUAAAACGAAUACAGCAUUCACAUUGGGAGGUAGUCAAGCUGACCUACACCUUGGGACCAGGAGUUCUUGGGUUCGAGUCCAACCCCAGUAAUGUUGUAUUUUUUUCCCAAGCUCUUGGACAAACAUUCAGCUCGCAGUGUUAUGAAUAUGCGACGAUGUAAGGGCAAAAAAACCACUACAUGUAUUUAAAAACUAAUCACCCCAUCGCAAAGUA